AUGUUUGCAUUUUUCUUGAACAAUAUUUGCUCAACAGAUAUAUCCAUUGAAGGAUGCAGUUAUAGUAACUCAAUCGAUGUAUAUCCGCCAUCAAAACUCAUUACAAAAACUGUUUCGAAAGGUACUAGUUUAUGCAUUAAAGGAGCAAUAUUAAUAAAAUCUGAUAAACCAUUUGUAGCUACAUAUAAAAUUACCAAGGAAGACUAUACACGAGUCAAAACGAUAGUUAAAACAGGAACAAAAGAAAAUCCAUUUUUCUUUGGAUCUUAUCUAAAUAUUCAGGAAAUGAAGAUAGAAGCAAAAGAUCCUUCCCAAGAUUUACAAAUAGAAAUUAUUGGAGUGGCACCGUCAGAAACGAGUAUGUUUUACACUUACGGCGUUUUUACGACAAUGAAAUCAUUCAAUAAGUUCAUUGCUAUAUCUCCAUUAAGAUCAUUACAACUAUAUACAUGGAGCCAAUAUCCACUAAGUUUCGAUGUAAACACGCAUACGAUUCAUAAAGAUUUCGAUAAUUACAGUAGGACAAAUUUUGAGAAUAGUUACCAAUGUUAUCUUGCUUUAAGCACUUAUGGUAGGGAAAUUACUGAGCCUGUUAAUAUUGCAUGGAAAGAAGAUAAAACAAAACAACCUAUUUCCGAUUUCAAAAAUCCAUUUGGAGAAGAUGUGUUCUACAUUCUUCCAGGUGGUGAUGCAUUCACUCUUGAAGAAGUUAUUAAAUUCACUGAGGAUAAUAAGAAUAUGUUCACAGAUGAAAUAAGUGAAAAGUAUAUGUAUCCAGAUGAUUGCAAGGCUCCAUUAGGUCUUUAUGAUCAUCCAUACUAUAAUAUAGCAAAUCUCAAAUCGGGUGAAUCAAUAUGCACAGAAGGAAGUUUUGUUUUCGCAUCAAGAGGAAAAUUCAAAGCUACUGUAUAUGACAGGACCAAUAAAAACGACAAAGGUAAGACUUAUGAAAACCCAUUUAGCGUAGGUGGAUCUCAGUACUUGAGUGUUAUUAAAUGCGAUGACUCUGUUAAAGAAUGUAGAGUUCAAUGUGUAACAAUUACAGAGCCAAUUCAUACUGAUUCUGUAACUAAUUAUUCAUUCUUUACAACAAAGAACGAAUUUGAAUUUGAUCAAAAAGUUUUAUAUACGAAAGAUAAAAUGGUAACAUUCGGUUUAACUGCAUAUACACCAGAAAGCAAGAAAAUUGAAGGAACAGGAAGCAAUAACCUCGGCCUCUCUCAGUACAAAGAUGUUUAUGGUGAUGAAGUCUUAAUGGCAACGCCUAAAAUGGAAAAAGGAAAAUAUGUUGACGAGUCAAAAUUCCAUAUUACUAUUGCGCGCGGAAAAUCAUCAAGUGAAUAUCAACCAUCAUAUUUUGAAAGCAAUCUUAUCUACGAAAUUCCACCUGGUGUCAAAACAGAGGAAGAAGUGAAGGCUCAUUCUGCAGAUAGCGACGUAACAUUUGUUAAAGAAAGCAAUGAAGACGAAGAGACUAAAUCGAACGGUCUUGGUGGGGGCGCAAUUGCAGGCAUCGUAAUUGGUGUGAUUGCCUUUAUUGUAAUUAUCUGCGUUCUUGUUUGGUUCUUCGUUUUUAGGAAGAAAUCGAGUGAAUCUGGAUCAGGAGAAAAAGUAUAA